AUGAUAACCGCCAACAAAAGGGCCGACGUUACUCGUGCCACGGGCGCCCGUUGCACCCUAUGGUUCUGCCUCAAGACAUUCAACAUCACCGUCUUCGACGGACGUCCGAGCCAAGCCCUCGUGGCAGUCUGGAAUGAAACGCAGUUUGAGGCAGCGACAAGCGCCCACCAAGAUGAGCACGUCUUCGUCAACAUGCCAACACUGAUGGACCUGCCGGAGCGGUCAAGAUACAGUGUAUCGGCCAAGGCCCUUGGGGCUCUACGAAGCUUUAUGAACACACUGAUAAGCGGUUCUUUCGAACGCAAUCCCGGACUCGACAACUACUCAUCGGAUUGGAUCGAAGCAAUGUGGCGAGCGACAGGCGACUUGAACUCUUGGAUCGACAAGAUGACCCUGAUAAUGACCAACGAGGUGCGCGAGCACGGAACCAUCAGAGACCCAAGCGGUAUGAAAUACGAAGGGAGCGCCUCCAAGCUUGCGAGCUACGUCCAUGUACAGUGGUACUGGAUGAUUUACCCUGGCAUCUUCUUCCUCAUUAGCCUUUAUUACCUUGUCGGCACCAUCGUCGCAAGCGCUCGGGACGGUGUUGUUGCGUGGAAGGGGGAUUCAUUGCCCAUGCUUUUCAGCCACAUAGAUCCCCAGAUCCUCGCCCUAGGCCCCGAGAAAAUGAAUCUACCCAAAGGCCUCGACGAUUUGGGCAAAAUUCAAGUCGCGCUUACGAGAAACGAGCAAGGGUUAUGGACCUUCGAGCCUCAAUCUACACGGCGGACGCAGGGCACCGACUGGGAGGACGAUUUUGCUGCCUUUUUGGGUCUUGUCUGA